AUGCGUUGCCUGGCUGCUCGGGUCAACUAUAAGACCCUCAUUGUCAUCUGCGCACUUUUCACACUUAUCACUGUGUUGCUGUGGAAUCGUUGCUCAAGUAACACCUCCCUACGAUUUUUACCCCGAGCUGCUUUGGUGGCACCAAGUCCCAGGGAGGCAGACAUCAGCUUGGGCAGCCAACAACACCCUCCACAACCUCCAGAACCCCCACCUGUUGUUGGAGGAACCAAAUAUGAUGAAAUUGACUGCCUGAUCAAUGAUGAAUCCACGAUCAAAGGCAGACGUGAGGGUGGUGAGAUCUAUAUGCCCUUCAGUUGGAUGGAAAAAUACUUUGAGGUGUAUGGAAAAGUGGUACAGUAUGAUGGCUAUGAUCGCUUUGAGUUUCAGCAUAGUUACUCAAAGGUCUAUGCACAACGGGAGCCGUAUCACCCAGAUGGCGUCUUUAUGUCAUUUGAGGGCUAUAAUGUGGAGGUCCGUGACAGAGUCAAGUGCAUAAGUGGAGUUGAAGGUGUGCCUCUGUCUACUCAGUGGGGUCCUCAGGGUUACUUCUAUGCCAUCCAAAUUGCCCAGUAUGGCUUGAGUCAUUAUAGCAAAAACCUGACAGAGCGGCCACCCCACCUGGUGGUUUAUGAUACAGCCGAGGAGAGAGAUAGCAGGGCCAGCAUGGCAAUGUGGAGUGUGCCAAAGGGCUGCAGUCUCACCCGUGUUCAGGACAAAAGCCGUGCUUCCUCAGUUCGUCAGUUCAGUACUCCAGAGUCAUUGGAGGCAGUGUCACUCCCUCUAGAUAACACCAAAGACUUCAUCCUCAGCUUGGACAUUAAAUUCACCUCCAACGGCAGCUUGUCUGUGAUCCUCGACACUACAGAAAAAGGCUCCCCUUUUACCAUUCGCUAUGUUACCAAUACUCAACUCAUCGCCUGCAAAGAUCGUCAAAUCACCUAUGGCAUAGGUCCGCGGACCACAUGGAGCACCCUGACACGCGACCUCGUCACAGACUUGAGAAAAGGCGUUGGUUUAUCUAACACCAAGGCUGUGAAAGCCACUAAGAUCAUGCCCAAGCGAGUCGUGCGAUUACUCUUACAAGGAAGGGGAUUUGUUGACAACAUCACUGUCUCUACCACUGCCCACAUGGCUGCCUUCUUUGCUGCCAGCGACUGGCUAAGACGCAACCAGGACGAACAUGGCGGGUGGCCCAUCAUGGUCACACGUAAAUUGGGAGAAGGUUUCCGGCCACUAGACCCUGGCUGGUACUCUGCAAUGGCCCAGGGUCAGGCUAUGUCCACCCUUGUUAGAGCCUACCUACUCACCAAGGAUCAGGCUUACCUCAAUGCUGCGCUGAAGGCAGUUGGACCCUAUAAGGUGCCGUCAGCGCAGCACGGGGUCAAGGCUGUAUUUAUGAACAAAUAUGACUGGUAUGAAGAGUAUCCCACCUCACCUAGUUCCUUUGUCCUCAACGGCUUCAUCUACUCCCUGCUGGGACUCUACGAUUUGAGCGAGACAGCCGGUGAGAAGCUCGGCAAGGAGGCAGGGCAGCUGUUCAGCCGUGGCAUGGAGUCGCUGAAGGCCAUGCUGCCUUUCUUUGACACAGGGUCAGGGAGCAUCUAUGACCUACGUCACUUCAUGUUGGGCACUGCGCCCAACUUGGCUCGCUGGGACUAUCACACCACGCACAUUAACCAGCUCCAACUGCUGGCAUCAAUAGAUAACUCUCCCAUCUUCAAGGAUGUGGUGAAGCGCUGGAAAAGCUACUUGAAAGGGAAUCGUGCUAAGCACAACUAG